ACUGCUAUACGUAUUAUUGAGGGGCCCGGCCCAAUCCAACAGACAUGUCAGCAGCAGGAGCAGGAGCAGGAGCAGGUAACCAGAGAGGAGGUGGGUGCGAUCGGCUGCAGAGGGCGCUGCUGGAGUGCCACCGGCGUGUCCCCGAUGGUCCGCCGCGAGAGGCGGCGUGCCGGCACCUGAAUCGGUCGCUUGCGGAGUGCCUGGUGGGUGUGGCCUGCCCCGAAGAGGCGGAGGCAGUCCGGAGCCUAUGUUCGAGCGGGGGCACAGCUCUGAAGCGGUCCCAGUGCCAGCAAGCCCAGCUCUCCCUCUCCGUCUGUCUCUCUUCCCACCAAACCCCAACCCCAACCCCAACCCCCCAUUCUUCAUUCUAAACCCUAAACCCUAACACAAACACUAAUCUCUCUUGAAUUAUUUUUGUACGUGGAUAGGGGUAUAUGCCAAUCUCUUGUGCCUUUUUUCCUUUUUUUAGGCAUGUACAAUUCAAGUUUAUUUAUUUAUUUAUUUAUU